UCGUGGGUCAAUUACCUUCCCCUCUCUUCGCCUAACCGGAAUCUAAUCUAAUAAUACCAAAGAAAGGGGCCAAGGCAUGUACUUGUCAGUUGGCCGCAACAUAUAAAACCCACAUCCCCCCCACCGGUACCUGCCCUCAUCAGAUACAAACGUUUCUUUCCCUCCCCUGCUCUUUUCUCUCUAUCUGGAGCUUCAAGGCGCGUGCUUAGAAUGGCAAAGAAGGGAGAAGAAAGAGAUAUGGGUAUGUUCUUCGAUGGGAUCAUAAAGUCCAUGCCUUUGUUUGCUAAAGAGUUGGUUGCUGGUGGUGUUGCUGGAGGCCUUGCUAAGUCGGUUGUCGCUCCUCUUGAGCGUGUCAAGAUUUUGUUUCAGACUAGACAAGCAGAGUUUCGCAGCGUAGGCCUCUUUAGAUCCUUCGAAAAGAUUGCAAAGACAGAAGGCAUCAUUGGUUUCUACAGGGGAAAUGGUGCUAGUGUCGCUCGAAUUGUUCCCUAUGCAGCACUUCAUUAUAUGACUUACGAGCAAUACCGUAGAUGGAUCAUCAAACGUUUUCCUGACAUUCCAAGAGGCCCUCUUCUUGAUCUUGUUGCUGGAUCAUUUGCAGGAGGAACUGCUGUGCUUUUUACUUAUCCUCUUGAUUUGGUUCGGACCAAAUUAGCUUAUCAGGUUGUUGGUCCAUCGAAGAUUAAUGCCAUAGGAGUAGUUAAUACAGAACAAGUUUACAGAGGGAUUCUCGAUUGUUUUUCAAAGACUUACAAAGGAUCAGGGCUCAGAGGGCUCUACCGUGGUGUCGCACCAUCGCUUUAUGGAAUUUUUCCAUAUUCUGGUUUGAAGUUUUACUGCUACGAGGAGAUGAAGCGUCAUGUCCCUCGUGAGCAGAAGAAAAAUAUAAUAGUGAAUCUAGCAUGUGGAUCUGUAGCUGGUCUGUUGGGACAAACUUUCACAUAUCCCCUUGAUGUUGUGAGGAGGCAAAUGCAGGUCCAAAGGGUAUUGGCAUCGAAUAGUCCUGAGCUGAAAGGAACAAUGGAAACACUCAUCAUGAUUGCUAAAAAUCAAGGCUGGAAGCAAUUAUUUUCAGGGCUGAGCAUCAACUACCUGAAGGUUGUUCCGUCUGUGGCAAUUGGCUUUACAGUCUAUGACAUGCUGAAAUCAACCCUGAGAGUUCCAUCCCAUGAUGAAGCUGUGAUAGAAGUGGUUACAAAUAAAAGAAAUACCCGAACAUCAUCUCUUCACACGUAACAAUAAGUAAUAUUCAUCUCAUUGAUCCUUUGGGCCGCCAUUGAGGUGCUUUGCUUCACGUUUAAAGCUCUUCUGUUACAAUUGAUCCCGAGUCAGGCUAUCGAACUUGUACAUUCCAUUCUUUUAAGCUGUAGAUUAAGACUUCCAUUAGUUUCAAUCCCUCACCAAAUAAACUUUGUAAGAGGUCGAGCUUACAUACAUUUUCGAAGUGUGGUCCAGUAGUAAAGUUAGUCGGUUAUACCUGUAACAGUUUCUCCCUCAAGGAUGAUGAGUCUUGCAGGAUUAGAUUCAUAAUCAAUGUACAUAAUUGGAGGGUAUUAAUUCAAUAAAGAAUUUUUUUUACUUCUGCUA